AUGGACAAUCAUAAUAGUAUUUUGAUGUGUGAAUCUGAUUCUACUAAGAAAACUCUCCCAGAAAAAAAUAAAAAAAUUCAAGAUACAGAAUUAGUUUUAACAUGGUUCAAUAUGUUACUUAAGGAACCGAGUCACUAUUGUAGAAAAUAUUCUAACAAAAUUUAUGUUGAGUCCACAUUUUUAUCUGUAUCUGAAAUGUUUAAGGACUUUUCUAGAUGGGUCAAAGAAGAGUUGUCAAAAGAAGUAUCUCGAGAUACACUUUUUCGCAGAGCAUUAAAAAAUGAAAAUAUAUACAUAUACAAACCAAGAUAG